AUUUCAGGAAUUCUGGCCAGCACACGGAUCUCACUCCCUCUCUUACUUCUGUCUCUAACACAGACACUAGUUGCUGUGGAUGGUGACGACACUGUCAACAACCAAUGUUUUGUGAAAGUAGGCUCACCAAAGGCAGAAGUAUUGGAAACGGACGAGAGAGCGAGGGAGACAGACGUUUGCCCAGCAAGCUGACUAAGCAUCAGAGACAUUAGCUUCACAGACUGAACUCGCACCUCUUCAACUGACGUUUGGAUGUUUUAGUGUUAGAUUUUACAGCUACGAGAAGACUCGCUACCACCAAGCUUUGCUCAAAAGCUCCUGGCCGAGCGGAGAGUUUCACUGGGAAUCCCCAUGGUGAUUUAGAAAAUGUGGCCAGCUGAGAAGAGAUAAGCCAAGGCUCAGCUUUCACCGAACAAGCCGCAGAUGCAGAGAGAAAGUGAUACCAGUUCGGACUCGCUGCUGGCUAACGGCUGGCAUCAACAGGAGGAGGUGAAGUCUGCUGGAGCGGCCAUGUCGGUGCCUUUGGAUCUGAACUGCCUGCAUGGCACAAGGGGACCCGACAGCGAGGCCGCGCUGACAAUGCUGGAGAAACAGCUGAUCUGUCCCAUAUGCCUGGAGCUCUUCAACAAACCAGUGGUCAUCCUGCCCUGCCAGCACAACCUCUGCAGGAAGUGUGCCAAUGAGCUCUACCAGCCUUCUCUGUUCCAGGCUCGGACCACGAUGCUAGUGAACAGCGGCCGUUUCCGGUGCCCCUCCUGCAGACAUGAGGUGGUACUGGAUCGUCACGGCGUUUACGGUCUUCAGAGGAACCUGCUGGUGGAAAACAUCAUCGAUGCAUAUAAAGAGGAAGUCAGCAAGCACACUGCCACAAGCUUGGUCCCUGCUCCUCCACCUCCUGCUGAGCUGACUUGUUCAGACCAUGAAGGUGAAAAAGUCAACAUUUACUGUCUCACCUGUCAGGUUCCCAUCUGUUCUCUCUGUAAAGUGUUUGGUGCUCACCAGUUCUGUCAAGUGGCUCCUCUCACAGACAUCUAUCAGCAGAAGAAGGAUGAACUGAGUGAAGGAGUCAGUUCUCUGAAGGCGGACAACUACAAAAUCCAAGCUUUUAUCAGUGAUCUGGAGGAGAGUUGCUGUAACAUAGAGGACAACUGUAAGACACAGAAGCAGAUUGUCUGUGACACAUUCAGUCGCUUGUUUUCCAUCCUGGAGGAGAAACACAAGGCAAUGACCCAACAUAUCAGCUCUGAGGAAGAGGAGAAGACGAGCCAUGCCCAGGCAGUGGUGCAUUGCUAUAGAGAAAGUGUGGAGGCCAACAGCAAACUCAUGGAGACGGCAGCAACCUUCAUGGAAGGGUUGGACAUGGCAGCUUUUGUUCAGAACUCAAGAGAACUGAUCACUAAAGUGGUUUCAGCAACAAGCUCCUGUCCAACUGAGAUGCUGAAGCCAGGGUUUGAAAAUGUGAGCCACUACCGAUGCAACUUCAGAAGGCAGGAGAGCGCCCUGAGAAGCAUUGACUUUAUUAAAGCUGCCUCUUCACAUAUUCUGCAAGAACCAGAGGUGGAACCAGAGCCAGAGGAACACAGGAAACCUUUCAUCCUGAACACUGAACCAAACUACUUCCAGGAGACUUCAGACCAGUGUGUGCAGACUCUGGAAGAACCAGUGAAAGACCUAAUUCCACUACCGAUAUCUGCACCUGUGGAAGCAGAACAGCCAGCAGCACCAACACCGCUCCUGGUUCCACAUCUACUCAGUGACUCUCCAGAACCGUGUGACCUGGACGAACCUCAUGAAAGGUCUGUUGUGAAGAACAAGGAUGAUGAGGCAGAGAGAUCUGUGGCUCCUCGCGCUGUUAAAGAGGGAAAGAUCUGUGACGGAAUGAGCACUCAACAGGCGGUCACUCUGCUUGUCUACUUGUUGGCCUUCCUGGUCAUCCUACACAGGGUCUGGGCUUACGUCGGCUGUUUCAUUUGUAUGUAACACCAGCAGGAAUCCGCCCACACUGUGUGCCUCAGAUGGAGCCUGGAACUAGCGGGCCGCUCAGACAAGUCUCUUUUCAGUCUCCUCUUCCUCUUCAUCAUUGUUUUUACCUGUGAGGCUUCUCAUCAACCUAGUUUCUGUUUCUUGUUGCUCAAUGUCUAAAAAGAAGAGGUAUUUAGAUGUGAAGGUUUGAUCCAUCUGUCAGUAUUAAUCUCGAACUGAAAACAUUUGCUCCCUGUGAUGCGCUCCAGUGUCACAGCUGUUUUUUCUAAAUAAUAAUCUCACGCAUUAGCACUAUGACCUACUUUAGGUAAACACAUUCUCUUUAGGUAAAGGCUCUAUUAUUUUAAAAAAAUAUUGCCAGAGCACCAAUAAAAUAUAACAUCAGUCUGAUUAUUAUACUUAUUAUUAUUGAUUAUUGCUGCAGUUGUUUGUGAUUGUAGGUAGUGAUACAGGAUAUCUAAAUAUAUACAUUCACUUGCAGCUGGAGAGUCUGUGCAUAUUGCGCGACACAAGAUGAUCAGUGUUUUUCUGAUACAUGUGGAUAUUAAACAAAUGUUUUGGUCA